CUUAUCCACAUCGAGGAUUCAAGGACGUAGAUUGAAUGUUCAGUUGAACAGAGCACUCACACCAAUGGCAGAAGCUGUGAGGAGCUUCAUCCUCAUCAACCCGCCCCACGGCACAACCAGAUUAUUCGACUCGAAUCCGUCUCCGAGAACCCUAGAAGUGUCCCGGUUUCCGGGACCAUGCCACGGGAGGCAAGAAGUUAAGAGCAGAGGACGCCAUUCAGGCAAACUGAGGGCUCUGCCACUGCUAACAGAUCUGCAUUGGCCUCCUCUGAUGGCUGUUCUCGUAGAGCAUGCGGAAGGCCAAAGGGAGUUCAUCAGCAACAAGUCGAUAUGGCAUCUCAGCGAUGAUGCCUUGAAGAGUGUUUACACUUUCUACAUCAUGUUCACCUGUUGGGGAUGCUUGUUCUUCGGCGCGAUGAAGGAUCCGUACUAUGAUUCGGAGACAUACCGGAAGGAUGGUGGAGACGGCACCGGGAAUUGGCUUUACGAGAGGCAAGACGACAUAGAAGAAUCUGCGAGAGCUGAGCUAUGGCGCGAGGAACUGAUCGAGGAGAUCGAGCAGAAGGUAGGAGGGCUCCGAGAACUGGAAGAAGCCGGAAGAAAGUAGGGAGAGAGCAGAGAGCUCGCCCCGUCCCGUCCCGUCCCGUCCCAUGAUUUAUAUUUCAUAGCUCGCUUUUAGCACUACUUAUGAUUAAUACGCGAAGCUCAAUUAAAUUGAAGAAGCACUGUCUUGUAUAUAUGUAUUCCUUCCAACAACUGAUGCGGGGAAAAAUAAAAUAAAAUAAAUUUUGCAUAUAAUGCAA